AUGGCGUGCGAGAACGUCAACAGGGCUGAGUGUCCCCUGUUAGGAGGAGAUGCGAUAGAUCGCGCCUCGACACAGUCUUCGAUCUUCAAACCUCCGACCGAUGAUGGCGAAGAAGACGGUCCAUCAUCGCCACCCGAAUACGGGAAUAUCGAGGACGACGUCUUACCCGAAGAAUCCGUUCUAGGCCGGAACAUCGACUGGAAGAGCGCCUAUAUUAUCGCCAUAUCUAGGGUUAUUGGCAGCGGCAUCUUUGCGGUUCCGGGAGUAAUCCUAACCUCAGUCGGGAGCAUAGGUCUUUCGCUCUCUAUUUGGAUCCUGGGUGCUAUCAUAGUGGCAUGUGGACUUACAGUGUCUUUGGAAUAUGGCUGCAUGUUGCCUCGGUCCGGCGGCGAUAAAGUAUAUCUCGAGUUUACCUAUCCCUGGCCUCGAUUCUUCGCCUCCACCAUGAUCGCCGUCCAAGCUGUGCUUCUAGGGUUUACCGCAAGCAACUGCAUCAUAUUUAGCCAGUAUGUGCACUUCGUAUUCGACGCCGAGCCUAGCGAUUUCUCGAAGAAGUCCCUCGCGGUUGCGGUUAUCACGGUCAUCACCAUUAUUCACGGCGUUUGGUAUAAGGCUGGUAUACGUAUUCAGAACUUCCUAGGCUGGAUUAAAGUGGGAUUGGUCUUGUUCAUGGUAUUCGCAGCUCUCUACGUCGUGAUAUUCAGGCCGGAACAGGAAGAUGCGGAUAUCCAACCGACGAAACUGCAUUCUUGGGAAGGGCUAUGGGAGGGAAGCGACUGGAAUCUUGGAACUAUCGCGACAUCGCUCUUCAAAGUCUUCUAUUCUUACGCCGGCCUUUCGAAUUUAAAUAAUGUUAUGAAUGAAGUCAAAGAUCCGGUUAGGACACUAAAGUCUGUUUCGCUCACGGCCCUUUUUACGGCAUUGCUCCUUUACUUGCUAGCUAACUUGGCUUAUUUCGCUGUGGUGCCAAUCGACGAUAUCAAGCAAAGUGGUCAACUGGUUGCCGCCUUGUUUUUCGAACGCACUUUCGGCCCAAAUAUUGGCAAGAGAUUUCUACCCCUAGCUGUCGCACUCUCAGCUGUAGGGAACGUGAUGGUAGUCACAUUUGCGGUGGCUCGUCUAAACCAAGAAAUUGCCCGUGCCGGAUUCUUGCCAUUUGCGAGAUAUUUGUCCUCGACGAAACCGUUCAACUCACCCUUAGGCGGCCUCAUCGUGCACUAUAUCCCCUCCGUCCUCGUUAUUAUACUUCCACCAUCAGAUGAAGUCUACUCCUUUAUAUUAGAAGUGGAGGGUUAUCCGGGUCAAAUAUUCGCACUAGCGACUUCUGUAGGUCUCGUUUGGCUGCGAUACAAGAGACCGGACUUGAAGAGACCCUUCAAAGCCUGGAUUCCGGCCGUCGUCUUCAGGAUACUGUUAUGCCUUGCUCUUCUUGCAGCGCCAUUUUUCCCGCCUUCAAACCCGAAACCCGAUGGCCUCUGGUAUGCGACGUACGCUGUUGUUAGUGUUGGUUUACUCCUAUUCGGAGUGUUAUACUGGCUAGUAUGGACAGUUAUAUUACCCCGAAUCGGACGAUAUACACUAGAAGAGAAGCAAGAGGUGUUAGAUGAUGGGACGGCUAUCACUGUGCUGACGCGCGUGCCAAGGGUCGAGCCCAGCACCUACGACCGUCCUAUUGAGAGUCACCCCGUCCAUAUAACCGAUGUUCGAGGACGUGAGUCCGAGUACACGCUCGACAAGAACGGAUUCCAGUACGUCCCUCACGUGGCUCAGGAGACGGAGUUCGUGGACGACGAGCACAUCAAGGCCGUGUAUUAUCCGGAGACCGAGCAGCUGCUCAAGGAUGUAACCGGUGCGUCCAAGAUCUUCAUCUUCGACCACACCAUCCGCCGUCAGCCCGCCGACGUGCGAUCCGCGGACCGUGGCGCGCAGCUACGCGGUCCCGUCCAACGGGUCCACAUCGACCAGACGUAUACCGCGUCGCUAUCGCGUGUGCCGCACCACCUCCCUGCCGAGGAAGCGGCCGAACUGCUCAAGGGCCGCGUUCAGAUCAUCAACGUGUGGCGGCCCAUCAAGACCGUCCUUCGAGACCCCCUCGCCAUCGCAGACGCCGGCUCCGUCAGCGAAUCCGAGCUCGUGCCCGUGCCGCUGAUCUACCCGAACCGCAAGGGCGAGACGUUCGCGGUGCGGUACUCGCCGGCGCACCGGUGGUACUACAAGAGCGGGCUGACGCCGCGGGAGGUGCUGCUGAUCAAGUGCUUCGACUCGAAGACGGACGGGCGCGCGCGCCGCGUCCCGCACACCGCCUUCUCGGACCCGCGCACCGCGGACGACGUGCCGAAGCGCGAGAGCAUCGAGGUUCGCGCGCUGGUCUUUCAUCCUGAUGAUCGGGAUUAA